GUGCACAUAAAUUUGAAUUCAGCCUCAAAGUGAUUUUCGGUGAAAAUGAAUGCGAAAUUAAUGGAAAGAGAUCUUCAAAGCCCCAGAUUACCUUCAGCUGCCCGAUCUCGGCAUCACAGAAAAUCAACUGAGGCUUUUCCAGAUGUUGUGAAGUUGAAUGCAACUGAUUUGCUCCUCAAUGACCAAAACAAAUAUAGAUCAUUGUGGAUUCGGACAUAUUCGUCUGUCUGGAUGCUUUUGUGCUUCAUAUUGGUUGUUUACUUGGGUCACCUUUAUCUCUGGGGUAUGAUCGUCAUCAUCCAAAUCUUAAUGACAAGUGAGCUGUUUAAUCUGCUUAGAAGAGCUCAUGAAGAUAGACGUCUUCCAGGAUUCAGACUUCUCAAUUGGCACUUCUUUUUCACUGCAAUGCUGUACGUGUAUGGUCGCAUUCUUGGUCAACAAAUACGACACGCUGUAACUCCUGAAAAGUUCUUCUACAAGCUUGCAACAAGUUUCAUGAAGUACCAAAUGGUUAUAUGUUAUUUCUUAUAUAUUGCAGGGUUCAUGUGGUUCAUUCUUACGCUAAAGAAGAAGAUGUACAAGUAUCAAUUUAGUCAGUAUGCAUGGACACACAUGAUUUUGAUAGUCGUGUUUACGCAAUCUGCAUUCACUGCUGCCAAUAUCUUUGAAGGGAUAUUCUGGUUUCUCCUCCCAGCAUCACUUAUUGCGAUUAAUGAUGUAGCCGCUUAUUUCUUUGGUUUUUUCUUCGGAAAAACGCCUCUUAUCAAGCUUUCUCCGAAGAAGACAUGGGAGGGCUUUAUAGGAGCAUCAAUCGCAACAGUUAUUUCAGCAUUUUUUCUUGCAAAUGUUUUGGGCCGUUACCAGUGGCUUACAUGCCCGAGAAAGGAUUUAUCCACAGGUUGGCUUGAAUGUGAUCCUGGUCCUCUUUUCAAGCCAGAAAUUUUUGUGUUACCCGGAGAAAUAACUCAAUGGUUACCAUGGAAAGAAAUAGCAGUUUUACCGGUUCAGUGGCAUGCUUUAUGCCUUGGUUUAUUUGCAUCAGUUAUAGCACCAUUUGGAGGGUUUUUUGCAAGUGGGUUUAAGAGAGCCUUUAAAAUUAAGGAUUUUGGUGGCAGUAUUCCCGGACAUGGUGGCUUUACAGACCGAAUGGACUGUCAGAUGGUAAUGGCUGUCUUUGCAUACAUCUACCAUCAGUCGUUUGUUAUCCCGCAAUGUUAUCCAGUUGAGAUCCUGUUGGAACAGAUAUUAAGGAGCCUCACGUUCGAGGAACAAGAGUUACUUCUUGCAAAACUGAAGGAGGUAAUAGAGGGGAGACGAUUAGAGCAUUAAUCGAUUUAAUUGUCUCGCAUUAAUCGCCAACUAAGCAUGUCAUAUCAAGGGAGUUGUUCAUUCUUUAAUUCAUUUAGUCAUUGAUUAGAGGUUUGUAAUUUGUUGUAUUUCCUAUGUAUCAUGUAUAAAAUUAGGAUGAAAACAUAUGCACGCGCUAGUAGAUUUCAAGAUGAUUCAUUUUUCAUCCGACCAGCUACAUUACCUCAAA